CAAUUGCAGUAGUUAUCAGCGAACACUCUAUACAUACAGUGGUCAUUUAUCUUCACAUGAGUCUUUAAAUCACAAAUAAAUUAAAAAGUUCAUGAACAAAUAUUUUAUCGAAAUUUACAAUACACAAAAAUGGAUACAUUUAAUUUAGUGUCAAUUAUUAUCUGCUCCUUGUUGGUGCUAUAUUAUUAUUAUGUGCAAAAACAAAAAUAUUGGGAAAAACGGGGAAUACCAACAGCUAAAGUAAAAAGUGUGCCAAUCCUCGGCCACAUGUGGCGGUUUAUAAUGUUUAAAAGAACUCUUGGAGAAAUCCUUGAAGACUGUUACAAUUCUACUGAUAGUAGCAUGGUUGGUGUUUACAACUUCACUAGUCCAGAAUUAUUGAUAAAAGAUGUAAAAUUAAUUAAAGAAAUCAUGCAAACACAGUUUUCUAAAUUUUCCGAAAAUGGAGUAAAAAUAGAUCAUAAAAAGGAUCCAUUGCUUAGUAAAAAUCCUUUUUUCAAUGACGGAGAAGUAUGGAAAAAAGAACGUUCAGUGUUGACAAACACAAUGUCUACUACAAAGUUAAGAAACAUAGGAAUAGCAGUGAGUGAAGUCUGUAAUAAAUUUGAUGAAUUCCUUCAAAAACAAAUUAAAUUAAAUAAUGGAUCCUACGUGACUAAAGCAGAGGAAUUGUUUGGACGAUUUACAUCAGAAGUAGUAGCUGGAGCUGGUUUCGGAAUUGAAGGGAAUUCUUUUAUCAAAGAUGAAGGAAAUUUUUUAGAAGCAAUAAAAAAAAUUUUUGAACCAACAGGAUUGGCAGGAUUGAAGCAAACUUUGAUAUUUCUUUGCCCAUCAGUUGGUAAAAUAAUAGAUGGUAGAUUUAUUCCAGUAAAGAUGGAUCAAUAUUUUAGAGGUAUUGUGAAAGAAGUCUUAGAUGUUAGAAAGCAAGGAAAGAUUCGAGGUAAUGAUUUCAUCCAGCAGGUAUAUGAUUCCUACAAAUCAGAGUCAGGAGAAAUAGAUGAAACUUUUAUAACCGGACAUGCUCUUUCAUUUAUCAUUGAUGGAUACUUUACUGCUAGCUACACAUUAAGUUAUAUCGUUUUUGAAUUAGCAGUCCAUGCUGAUGUGCAAGAAAAACUUCGCCAAGAAAUUAAACAAGUGCUGGAGAAACAUGAAAAUAAAAUUACCUAUGAAACUAUUCAAGAAAUGAAGUACAUGGACUUAGUGAUUCAAGAAUCAAUGAGGCUAUUACCAGUCAUAUCAUUCUUAUCAAGAAUUUGUACUGAAGAAUGCAAAUUAGUAGGUAGUGAUGGUCUUGAAGUGGUCAUGCGACCUGGUGAUAAGAUUCUUUUGUCUCCAAAUGGAAUACAAAAAGAUUCAAAAUAUUGGAAAAAUCCAAAAGUAUUCGAUCCUGAACGUUUUAAGGAAGAAAAUAAUGAUUCAAAGUUUACCAACCUUGCUUUCGGAGCAGGUCCAAGGAUGUGCCCUGGUAUGAGAAUGGCUUUGUUACAGAUGAAAGGUGCAUUAACAAAGCUUUUAGACAAUUAUUCUCUUGAGCUUUCAUCAAAGACAAAAUUACCUCUAACUUUUGACGUUGCCACAUUUUUAAAUGUUGUUAAAGGUGGAAUUUGGAUUAAUAUAAAACCUUUGUAAAAAAAUGGUUACAGCGCAUAGUUUUAAAAUUCUUAAAAAAUUUUAAUGUUCUAUUCUUGUUAAGUUUCAUUCGUAACUUAGAAACAUAUGCAAUUAGAAUAAUUAAGAAAAUGCAUAGCAAACUGUUGAGAAAUAAGAACAACAGAAUGUGAAACAUAAAAAGCUGAUAAACGUAAGUUAGCAACAUUGCUAACAUUAAUAGACUAAUUUGAAAUAAGUGUACAUGUACAAGGACGUUGAUGUUCUUUAUAAGUAGUUAGUCAAUUCAUUAAAUUAUAAUAAAUCUUGAAAAUAUAUCUUUAA